CCCCAAUAUUAUUUUAUUAUUAAAUAAAAAAAUUAUUAUAUAUACAUAAUUAGAUUAAAUGUACUUAAGCUAAUAUAUUAUCUUUUUUCAAAAUUAUUUUAUCUUUUUAUUUUUUUCUGUUUUUAAUUUGCAUCACAAUUAUCUAUAUCUUAUAUUUUUGUUGGAAAUAAAUAUAUUAAUCUGCAUGAAUAAAUAAAUGAUAAUAAUAUAUAUUAUAUACUAAUUGAACAAGAAUUUCGUGAAGAAGCAAAUUGAAAUUACCCGCCACGGAAAACGAAAGAUGGCAUGUCGAAUCGUAUGCAAUCAUAUAGAUGGUCGAAGAGGCAUCCGGGAGGUUGUCGGCCAUAGUAGAAAUGGCGGGUGUUAGCUUACGUGAAUGACGGCGAUCGUGCUCAAGAUUAUUGUCGAAAAGCAAGUGUUCUGUGUGUGUUUUGUAACACGGGAACGAUACCUUAGUAUCAUAUGAUUCAUCUGGAAGGUAAAGAUGCAGAAUGUAGCACAAGGAACGACCUCGGAUAGUCAGAAGCACGAGAAAUCAGCAAGCGUUCACCACGACAUUGGAAAGACGUCGUCGACUCCCCAGUCUUCGAAUUCCAGCCCUACGAAGUCAGAGACCGAAACCUUCUCCGAACUGCAGCCUCGCUUUAUGGCAGACUCGUCGGAGAGCGAAGAGGACAGUGUUUCAGAGGUGGAGUGUUUUGCAAUUGAUCAGGUUGAAUUAGACGAAGGUCAUCAUUUAGAGUCAUCCAAGCUUCUGUUAACUUCUGAAGAUCCAGAGAGAUCUGUGGAUCCCGAAACUCAGGCUCGAUUAGAAUCAUUGCUGGAAGUAGCUGGUAUUGGCAAGUUGUCAUCAGGCGAUGGGAAGCACUUGCCUGAUCACGAAGUGCUCCGUCGCAUAACAUCUAGUGUUUCUUGUGCAUUAGAUGAAGCAGCAGCUGCAUUGACUCGUAUGCGCAGCGAUAAUCCACGCACACAAAACGAAAAGCGCUCUCUUGUAGAGGCUUGCACUGACGGGGACGUAGGUACUGUUAAAAAAUUAUUAACAGAAGGACGCAGUGUUCACGAAACUACAGAGGAGGGAGAGAGUUUGCUCUCCCUCGCCUGUUCAGCUGGAUAUUACGAACUUGCUCAGGUACUUUUGGCAAUGAGUGCAAACGUAGAGGAUCGUGGUAUAAAGGGGGAUUGUACCCCUUUAAUGGAAGCUGCCAGUGCAGGGCAUGUAGAUGUUGUAAGCUUGCUUAUUGCUCAUGGAGCUGAUGUUAAUGCUCAAUCUACUUCAGGUAAUACACCUCUUAUGUAUGGCUGUGCGGGUGGUCAUGAGGAGGUAGUGCGAGUAUUAUUAGAAGCAGGUGCCAAUGUUGAAGAUCACAAUGAAAACGGUCAUACUCCUUUAAUGGAAGCAGCUAGUGCUGGACAUGUUCCAGUAGCUAAAAUCUUGUUGGAACAUGGCGCUGGAAUUAAUACUCAUUCCAAUGAAUUUAAAGAAUCUGCUUUAACACUGGCAUGUUAUAAAGGACAUUUGGAAAUGGUUCGCUUCUUAUUAGAAGCUGGUGCAGACCAGGAGCACAAAACUGAUGAAAUGCACACUGCCCUUAUGGAAGCAUCAAUGGAUGGUCAUGUAGAAGUAGCUCGUUUGCUCUUAGAUUCAGGUGCGCAAGUAAAUAUGCCAACAGACAGUUUUGAAUCUCCAUUAACUUUGGCUGCUUGUGGAGGUCACGUCGAUCUUGCUAUGCUUUUGAUCGAACGAGGAGCAAAUAUCGAGGAAGUAAAUGAUGAAGGUUAUACGCCAUUAAUGGAAGCAGCUCGUGAAGGUCACGAAGAAAUGGUUGCUUUGCUUUUAAGUCAAGGAGCUAACAUCAAUGCUCAAACUGAGGAAACACAAGAAACAGCGCUUACUUUAGCCUGUUGUGGUGGCUUUUUAGAAGUCGCAGAUUUUUUGAUUAAAGCAGGAGCUGAUAUCGAAUUGGGUGCUUCUACUCCUUUAAUGGAAGCUGCACAAGAAGGUCAUUUAGAACUUGUUCGUUAUUUACUUGAAUCUGCAGCAGAUGUCCAUGCUCAAACACAAACAGGAGAUACUGCAUUAACUUAUGCUUGUGAAAAUGGUCAUACUGAUGUUGCGGAUCUUCUACUUCAAUUUGGUGCUGAUUUAGAGCACGAAUCAGAAGGAGGAAGAACACCGCUAAUGAAAGCAUGUAGAGCUGGUCACCUCUGUACAGUUCAAUUUCUUAUAUCAAAGCGUGCAGAUGUUAAUAGACAAACAACGAAUAACGAUCAUACUCCUCUUUCACUAGCAUGUGCUGGUGGGCAUUUGGCAGUUGUAGAACUGUUACUUGCACAGUCUGCUAAUCCAUUUCAUAAAUUAAGGUAUGAUAAUUCUACAAUGUUAAUAGAAGCUGCAAAAGGUGGACAUACUAGUGUAGUUCAACUCCUGUUGGAUUAUCCUCACAGUAUUAUGAUGAGUACACCGCAUAAUGCAACACCUACACCUAUGUUGCUUCCCCAACAACAACAGCAGCAGCAGCAGCAGCAACAACAACAACAACAACAACAACAACAACAACAAUCACAUCCACAGCAACAACAGCAUAUUACGCACCAACAACAUGUGCCCCAUCAACAACAUGCAUCUACCCAACCACAAUCGCAUCAACAACAGCAACAACAUGCUGCAGAUCAAUCACAAACGCAAAAUCUCCAACCUAAACAUAAUACACAAAAAUCAUUAUUAAGAAAAAAUCGAUCUGUAACAAUGAUGCCAGAUAUGAGUCUUACUUCUGCAGAGGCGCAACAAGUCCGUUCUCAACCCGCAGGAGAAUCAAUUGUAACAACUAAAGAUGAUACUAAUAUUCUGGAUAAAGGCAGUGGAGGAUUUACUAAUCUUUCAGAACCUAAUAUUAGUCUUAGCCCUGCUCCUGCGCCAACACCAGGAUUGAAUGUCUCAGAAAGUCGAAAAAAUACUCGACAAGAGCAAAUUCUCCAUAAACAACAAAUUUUCGAAGAAUUACAAAGGGUAGAAAGAGAACUUCAAAUUAAGGGUCCAGGACAUUGGUUUUGUAGUGCAAAAAAUCCAGUUGUAACACAACAGCAACAACAGCAACAAGAGGAUUCUAAUGAACCGGAUACAUUGUCAUCAGGUUUAGUUUGCAGUACAAGUGGCAUGUCCGGAAAUUCAUUAACUCAUCAAGGCACUAGCCAGGCAAUGUCAUUGUAUAAUGCAUUUCUUAGAGGAAAACGAAUUGCACAAGAAGCUCAGUUAUCUUUAGCUCCAACUAUAUCAGAAACUUUUCCUACGACAAAUGCUUUUCCUACUUCUCCUCCCCUUUCUCUUGCGACAAUACCUGUUACGUCGUCCGUUCCAUCAGUUACUUCAAAUACAUCUUCAGCAACUACACCGAGUCCUCCAAGCAUAUCCACGCCUCCUACUGUUAUGUCAGUUUCUCAACCUAUUACCACAAGUAGCGAUGUUAGCCAGAGUACUGCUAUAAGUGAUCGCCCGAAAGCAAAGCCUGUCUCUAAAAAAGAAGGCAAGAACAUUCGGAAAGCUUCAUCUAGUGUAAUGGCUGGAAAAUUGCAACAACAGCAGCAACAACAACAACAGCAGCAGCAACAACAGGCUAAUUUGAUGGCUGGUCUUCAACAACAAUAUCAGCAAAAACAACGACAACAUACUUACCAAGUUCAACAAGUGCAUCAGCUGCAACAACUUAAUCAGCAAUUGCAAUUACAAUUAGACCAAGUACAGGUACAGCAACAGCAAACGCAACCGCAACAACAGCAAGGUCAACCACAACAACAGCAAUCUCAACAACAGCAAUCGCAAUCACAGCAACAAACUGGAGUAGUAACUGCUAAUGGGAAUAAUAUACUUAUGCCCACUCAGUUAAUGUCACAUCUUCAUCCUACACAUACUCAUCAUCUUCAUGAUCAGCAAACAACUCAACAAAAUCUAACGGAGCAGGCUGAUCCCGAGUUAGCAAGAUUACAUCGAGAUGGAGCUUGUCCCUUUGUUGCUGCUGCUCAAAAGGCAAAGGCUCUCUGUACAAGUGAAAGUGUUAUAAAAUUAGAAGAUGGCACGCAUAUUCCUCUAGAUGAUGCUUUUGAAAUUUUUCGAUCUAUUAGCUUUGACGAUACUGUUGAUGUAGCGACAGAAGAUCAAGAAAAACUUGAACUGAAAAGAUUAGAAGUGACAAAUGGUAAGGAUUCUCAGCAGCCACAACAACAACAGCAGCAACAGCAACAACAACAGCAACAACAACAUUUGCAAACUACGCAAAUAGUUCAACAAACAACCAGUCCUUAUACUUCUCAAGAAUAUUUUACCAAUCCUGUGCUACCAACUUUGCCUUCACUUCAAGUAACUAGUGCUGGUGUUCAGAUACAAGCUGAUAUAUCAACAGAUUUACAGUUAACUGGUACGCAACCUCUACAGAACCAACCUUAUAAAGACACAUUAAAAGAUUAUCAAGAUGGAUAUCUUGCUGCUCUUCGAUGCCAUUUUCAACCGCAGUUAUUAUCAUCUCAGAUAAUUUCUUGUUUGAUGGCCGCUUUUCGUAAAGGACACAUUAAAGUUGUUAAGUGGAUGGUAAAUCAUGUUACUCAAUUUCCAAGUGAUCAAGAAAUGACAAGGUAUAUAGCUACCGUCAGUGACAAAGAGCUCCUAGAAAAAUGUCAAGAAUGUGUGAAAGUUAUUCGAGCAGCAAAAGAAACUCAAGCGGCAAAAGCAAAUAAAAAUGCAACGAUUUUAUUGGAAGAACUUGAUAUGGAAAAAACAAGAGAAGAAUCGAAAAAAGCAGCGGCUGCUCGUAGACGAGAGCGAAAGAAAAAAAAGAAACUUGAAAAAAAAGAAGAAAAACGAAAAUUACAUGAAGAAUACAAAAAAAAUGAAACAAAUUAUGAAGAUAAGGAAGAAAAUGGAAAGAAAUCCGGAGAUGAAGAAUGCGAUAGAGCGGAUGAUAGUGAACACGAAACUGGAGAUAGUUGUGAAAGAAUGGAUAGUAUGCCAUCACCAGUUAAUAGAAGUCCAGAGGAUCCUUACAGGGAAGAAGGCGAUAGUGGAAUCGAUGCAAAUAGUCAAGGUAGUUGCAGUAGUAAUGAUGUCAAAGCUAGAGAGAAAAAGAAAGAAAAAAAGAAAAAGAAAACUAAUAAUUCUACUAAUAAUGAAAAAGAUACGUCUCCUCAAAGAUCUCCAAAGUCUGUUGUUACGCAAAGCACUACUUUAUCACAAAAUUCUAUUACUCCUACUAAAUCUCAAAAUAGUGCGUCCGAAAAGAGAAUUAUAAGUAAUGCAUCUAAUACAGUAUCUGUAUCCGCGACUUCUAUUACAAUGAGUUCUAGGUCUUCGACUGUAAACUGUAAUGAACGAAAAUUGAAAGGUCAACUAGUGUUUGAAUCGUCGAGACAUCCUGCCGAUAGAGAAGAUUUCGAAGCAACUGGUAAUGAAACAUAUGUGCCUGGUAAAGGCAAGAAAUCCUAUAAUAAUCAAUAUGAUGGCGAUGCAUUAAAUACUUCUACAAAGACAAAUAAUACAACCAGUCCUAAGCAGGGUGGUAAACGCGAAGAAGGUUGGAAAGAAGUUGUACGAAAGGGACAAUCUGAUGAUUCUGGAAGAUUUAUGAAUUCACCAUUCCGUUCAAAGAAAGUAUCUGUCCCACCAAAUGCUAUUAGUCGAGUUAUUGGAAGAGGCGGAAGUAAUAUAAAUGCUAUUAGAGGUGCAACAGGAGCGCAUAUUGAAGUUGAAAAACAAAGCAAAUGUCAGGGUGAACGAAUUAUUACCAUUAAAGGAUCAUCUGAUGCCACAAAACAAGCUCAUACAUUAAUAGCUGCUCUCAUUAAAGAUCCAGAUGUUGACAUACUGCAAAUGCUUCCAAAAUCGAAAUUGGCAGUUGUUACAACUUCUUCUUGGGAUAAAACAAUAUCUACUGUAGCUUCGAGUAAAGCAAAGUUGGGUCCUAUAAAUAAACCUCUAAGUCUAACGUCUAGUUCCAGUAGCACGCAAAUUAAUAAAUCUAAUUAUACAUCUGGAGUAUCUACCGUUAAUCAGUUGAUUCCACUUCGAUCAUCAUCUACUAUUAAACUUGCUGGAGCAUUUCCAACACCUUUACCACGUGCGACAGCACCUAGACUCGUAGCUGCAGCUGAAAAACGAGCCCAAGCUGUAGCGGCUCAAAUGGCUUCGUCAUCAAAUACAAAGACGACAAUGUCAUAUACGAGUGCAAUUAUGACUGCUGGGCGAGCAACUAAAAUUGUAACGACAAGUACUACGCAAACAUUUGCAGCGAAAUUAUCUGAAAUCACUGCCUCAACGCAUACAUCUACUACCGUCAUGCAAUCCACUCAUACUACGGUAAACAAACAAAAAUCGUUGCAAGCAAAUACAGUGACUGUUGUAUCAGCUACAGCCGCGGCAAUGGCUCAGACUUCAUCUCAACAGUCUGCAGUCAAUACAUCGCCAAAACACUGCCGACCACUGCCUACUUUGUCUGCUCCACCAACUAUGGUUUCUCAUUACUCUGGAAAAUCUACUUAUUCUCCCGGCUCAAAUGCGGCGGUUUCGCCAGCAACAAGCACUGUGGUUGCAUACUGUUCGGAAAGUACUGUCACUUCAACUUGUUCAAACUCGUCAAUACGAGUUAGUCCGUCGCCCCCGAUAUCAUCACAGUGUCAACAGCAAUUACAGCAACAACAGCAGCAACAACAGCAGCAGCAGCAGCAACAACAACAAGCACGUAGUUCGCCACCAAUUGCAUCAACAAUUCAAGAGCAACAGCAACAACAACAACAACAACAACAACAGCAACAGACAAAUAAUACACCUCUUGAAUAUUCAUUGUUUAAUGAUACUUUCACUAAAGUUACGCAACAGUCAAUGUGGGGCGGCCGAGAAAAUGAAUCUCAAAAGGGUAUGAAUUUUGCAACUGUAGCUGGAGGUGGUGGAGUGUCCGUAAAUAUCUCGGGUUCAUCUUCAUCUAAAUUUAUUGACAACGUACCCCCUCAGGUAGAUGCUUCAAAAGCUCCUGGAUAUCGAGGAACAACAAUGUGUUCUCCCGUUUCAAGUAAAUCAAACAAUACAACUAACACGAAUGUGACUAGUAUAGGAAGUGGUGGCGUAUCAUCAAAUGCAGGCCAUAAUCCUAUUCAACCACCGCAAUUUCAGUCAUCCGGAAAUUACAGCGAACAUCCUCUUUCAAAUAAACCACCUGGUAGCUUGGCAGUAGCACGACCGGUAAUUCCUCAGCAAAAUAUAGAAAUGGGAGCAGCUAUGGGAGCACAAUUUAGUAGGCCAGUAUUUCAAGGAGAAUUGACGGGAACUCGUAAUACAACAACUCAUCAGCCGCACGUGAUAGCCUCUACGUCACAACCAACGUUGGACGUAGGUUUGUUUAGGAACAAUAUUGGUUAUGAACAUCCAAAUGUAAAUUCAAGUUUACUAAAGAUGGUACCGAAUGAAGGACAAGGUCAUCCACUUUUACCUUUCCAUCCACAUAUGCAAAAUUUCACACAAACAAUUUCACCAUCUGCUUCGGUGAAUACUACUGUCAGUAUGUCCAGAUUAAAUCCUAGAGCGCCUGAUUUUUCUAGUUCGCUACAUUUAAAUAGCAAACCUCAAGUAACAAUGUUUAAUGCGGGUUCGCCGGCGGCGGGAAUGCAUCCAAAUAUGUUUGCUACUGUACCACCACCCCCUCCGUCCGCAAUCCAAUCUAAUAAUCUAGCAAUGCUUGGAAAUUUUCCUUUGGGAAAAUAUCAGGCACCAUCUCGGGCUACUCCCGGAAAUACCGGAAUCUCAACUAAUGGACAAACUCGUUGGCCAUUUGCUCCACCGCACAAUAAUUACCCGCCCCAUCAAGAUCCAAUGAUAAGUCAAAUUAGUUUCUCCAAUCAUUUGGCAAACAUAACCGCACAACCUGGAAGCAUUGAUUUAAUUACAAGCUUGGAAAAUGGUGGGUCACCAGCUAUAUCACCUUCUUCGCCAGCACAAGUAGCUCAGGAGAUGAAUCAGCUUAAAAUAGAGGACCGUAAGGUACCACGACCGAUCGGUACAGAAAGAGCAUGGAAAAAUUAUGCAACAGCAGGGAUGGGACCUGGUGGUGACGCCGAUUCCAUCAAUUGGAUGUUAAAUAAUGAAAAACUUGUUGGAUCUUGGGCAAGUUUAGCGCCAGGAAUAGAUAGGCAUCAAAUGUUUCGAUCUAACGCUACUUAUAAUCGUAUAUCCAAUGUUGAUGCUGAAUUACAUCAAAUGAUGGAAUCUUCCUUUCAGGGUCAUGUUGAUACUCAACAACAACCUUUUCCUAAUGGAAGCGCAACUACUUUAUCGCUAAUGCCAGGAUUAACGUUAUUGCCAGGACAAUUUGGAACGCCUACAUUGACAGAAAUUCCUCCGAAUGAAACAAAUAAAAUGGAUCCACCAGCAUGGGGAAUACCAGAUGCUGUGCAAGAUAAACAACAUCCGGCAUGGAAUAAAUGGACUCAUUAAAAAGAAAAAGAAAAAACAAGGAGAAAUUUUUGUGAAGGCGACUUCGCUUUCUUACCUGGAUGAUAUGAAAUAAAACCUGGAAUUCGAAGUAGUAAAUAGAUGUAACUGGAAUACGAAGCAUUGUUUUUAGAUACUUAAAUUAUAUUAUUAUCCUAAUUAUAUCCAUUACAAAACAGAUUCCAUAUUAUUUGUCACAUUAGGUGCUAAGAUGGUAAAUCCUUACAACUUAUUACUAUUGUCUAAUAUAAUUAUGCAAUACAAGCAAAUAUCGAAUACGAUGUGGAAAAAUAUGAAGCAAAAAAAAAAAAAAAA